AGAUGUCCUCGGAGGACGCGGUGACAUCACAGCAGAGAGCUUCUGAAAGCUCCGCCCACAAAGGUCGGGGGAGGCCACUGAGCAUGCUCAGAGGAACAGGAAGUCAGACUGCGGGGGGGAGUCUUAAAACAGGAAGUCAGACUGCGGCGGGGAGAGGAGGAAGAAGAGGACAGACAGCUGGACACAGACCGGUGCAGGGGGCGGAGCCUGAGGGCGCGGCCAGCGAGGCGUACCUGCUGCGUCUGUACGGCCGGGCGCCGUACGACGGUCUGAGGCGAACGCUGAAGAAGAGUCCGUACCUUCGCCUCAGCUCUCCCGCCUCGCCGCUCGGCAGGAAGUCCCGCCCCCGGCUGGUGGAGAGCGUCACAGGUGUGAAGCUGAAGUCCUGUAAGACUCAGACGUGUUUGGCUCCGCCCUUCACUCCGUCACCUGGACAACCACCAGGAGGCGUUCCCAUGGCGAUUCCACUGGGUCGUCCCAGGAUGGACUCGUCUUCCAGGCGUCUCGCCGAGCGGCAACAGGAAGUGACAUCACCACUGACAGCUCCUCCCACAGCUGGCGCGGUUGCUGUUAAAGAGUCUCAGGUGAGUCUGAACCCUCGAGUCUCUGCAGGUAACAGAAUGUAAAGAUACUUCCUGCUU